UGUUGUGCAAGCAAAGUCAAGACCUCGAGGCUUCAGCACAGAUCCAGCCCCUGCCCCAGCCCUCGCUGCCGCCGGCUGCGCCCAUCCCUGCCCCUCAGGGCACUCCUUCCGUGGAGGAGCUGAUCCAGCAGAGCCAGUGGAACCUGCAGCAGCAGGAGCAGCAUCUCCUCGCUAUGAGACAGGAACAAGUCACCUCAGCAGUAGCUCUUGCAAUCGAGCAACAAAUGCAAAAGGUUUUGGAGGAAACCCAGUUAGACAUGAACGAAUUUGACAACUUGUUGCAGCCAAUAAUCGACACUUGUACAAAAGAUGCAAUCUCAGCUGGCAAGAACUGGAUGUUCAGCAAUGCCAAGUCUCCUGCACACUGUGAGCUGAUGGCUGGGCACCUGCGGAAUCGCAUCACGGCCGACGGGGCUCACUUUGAGCUGAGGCUGCACCUCAUCUACCUGAUCAACGACGUCCUGCAUCACUGUCAGCGCAAACAAGCACGAGAUCUCCUGGCUGCUUUACAGAAGGUGGUUGUGCCUAUUUAUUGUACCAGUUUUCUAGCAGUGGAAGAGGAUAAGCAACAGAAAAUUGCCAGGCUUCUUCAACUAUGGGAGAAAAAUGGGUACUUUGAUGAGUCCAUAAUUCAGCAGUUACAGAGCCCAGCUCUUGGACUUGGCCAGUACCAGGCGAAUCUGAUCACCGAGUAUGCCACGGUGGUGCAGCCUGUGCAGGUUGCCUUCCAGCAGCAGAUCCAGAACCUGAAAACUCAACACGAGGAGUUUGUGAACAGUUUGACACAGCAGCAGCAGCAGCAGAUACAAAUCCCCCCACUAGAGAACGAGGUGAAAUCCACCCCCCCACCUCAGGCCCCCCCAGCAGCCCCAGCCUCGGCGCCACCGUCUGCCCCCGUGACACAAGCAGAUGAUGGUAAAUCUCAGCUGCCUCUUGCUGGUUCUGGAGAGUAUGACACAGCUGGGUCUGGAGUGCAGGAUCCUGCCUCGGGUGGGCCACGUGGGCCUGGGUCUCAUGACCAGAUGCCCCCAAAUAAACCCCCCUGGUUUGACCAACCUCACCCUGUUGCACCGUGGGGUCAACAACAGGGACCACCUCACUGUCCUCCCUGGAAUAACAACCACGAAGGAAUGUGGAACGAACAGAGAGAUCAAGGCUGGAACAACCAGCGAGAGACACCUUGGAACAACCAACCAGAUCCUUCUUGGAACAACCAGUUUGAAGCACCGUGGAACAACCAGCAUGAACAACCUCCAUGGGGUGGGGGGCAAAGGGAACCUCCAUUUCGAAUGCAGCGGCCACCUCACUUCCGAGGCCCAUUCCCUCCACAUCAGCAACAUCCCCAAUUCAACCAGCCCCCGCAUCCGCAUAAUUUCAACCGCUUUCCACCUCGCUUCAUGCAGGAUGAUUUCCCACCUCGCCAUCCCUUUGAAAGGCCUCCUUAUCCUCAUCGUUUUGAUUACCCCCAGGGGGAUUUUCCUCAAGAAAUUGGACCUCCUCACCACCAUCCUGGUCACAGAUUGCCUCACCCUGGAAUCAGUGAGCACCCUCCCUGGGGAGGGCCCCAGCACCCUGAUUUUGGGCCUCCCCCCCAUGGCUUUAACGGGCAGCCCCCACACAUGAGGCGCCAGGGACCUCCUCACAUGAACCACGACGACCCCAGUCUGGUGCCAAACGUCCCCUACUUCGAUCUCCCUGCUGGACUGAUGGCUCCACUUGUCAAACUUGAAGAUCACGAGUAUAAACCUUUAGAUCCUAAAGACAUUCGUCUUCCACCCCCAAUGCCCCCCAGUGAGAGGCUCCUGGCUGCGGUCGAGGCAUUUUAUAGUCCACCAUCUCAUGACAGGCCUAGAAACAGUGAAGGCUGGGAGCAGAAUGGACUGUACGAGUUCUUCAGAGCUAAGAUGAGAGCAAGGAGGAGGAAAGGUCAGGAGAAGAGAAACAGUGGCCCCUCUCGCUCUCGCAGUCGGUCCAAGAGCCGCGGCCGCUCCUCCUCCCGCUCCAAUUCCCGAUCUUCCAAGUCAUCCGGCUCCUACUCCAGGUCACGCUCUCGCUCCUGCUCCCGCUCGCGCUCCUACUCGCGCUCCCAGUCCAGGAGCCGCAGCAGGUCUCGCUCCUCGCACAGCCGCUCGCGCUCCCGGUCCAGGUCCAGGUCCAAGUCCUACUCGCCGGGCAGGCGGCGCCGCUCUCGCUCCCGCAGCCCCACUCCUCCUUCUUCUGCUGGUUUGGGCUCCAGUUCUGGGCCUCCUAUACCAGAAUCAAGACUUGGAGAGGAAAACAAAGGUCAUCAAAUGCUAGUGAAAAUGGGAUGGAGUGGAUCUGGUGGCUUGGGAGCUAAGGAACAAGGAAUUCAGGAUCCAAUUAAAGGAGGGGACAUCCGAGACAAGUGGGAUCAGUACAAGGGAGUGGGAGUUGCCCUGGACGACCCUUACGAAAACUACCGAAGAAAUAAAAGUUACUCCUUUAUCGCCCGCAUGAAGGCCAGGGACGAAUGUUAAUUCUAUUUGGAGUGGAGGGGUGCUGCCUUGGGAUCAAGUCAGACUGAUGCUGAGCAGUGUAUCCUAAUGUCUAUAUGGGGAAUGAAGCAUCUAGUUCCAGUGCAGGUGACCUAUGAGCACUGUGCAAGCUUGUUUAGAACCUUCCACCCACCUCCAGGCCCCACACAGCAGCUGCUGCAGCCACCACUCUGGGCAGGACACGAGGGCUCAGGGCUCUGGUAGCUUUCCCAGUGCUCUGAGGGAUUGGGCAAUGCUUUGUAACUGAAAGUCUUUGAGCUUUUUAUAUUUUUGUAUAUACCCUUUAAUAAAAGCUGAUUAGUUCACUA